GGGCGUUGUACAGCGCGAUGCCGGUUUACGACCGUGUUUUUUCUACCUUUACGGCUGUCAUUAGCAACCGAACCGACAGGGGCCUGCUGGCUCGGGACUACUGCGGUUAGCUGGUGCCCGGGCUAUGAGGUGGCAGCUUUUGACCUUUCUUGGACUGCUGUGGCCCCUGCCUGUGCAGAAUGGACCCUGUUGUUCUGAGUUAUGUGGACAGUUUGCUGAGGCAGUCGGAUGUUUCCUUGCUGGAUCCCCCCAGCUGGCUUAAUGACCACAUCAUUGGGUUUGCUUUUGAGUACUUUGCUAGUGACCAGUUCCAAGACUUUUCCGAACAAGUAUGCUUUGUCAGCCCUGAAGUGGCUCAGUUCAUCAAGUGUGCCACCAGCCAGGAGGAAGUAGCCAUGUUCCUGAAGCCGCUGGGCCUCCCACACAAGGAGGUUGUGUUCCUGGCCAUCAAUGAUAACUCCAACCAGGCUGCUGGGGGCACCCAUUGGAGCCUCUUGGUUUACUUCCGGGACAAAAACUGCUUUGCCCAUUAUGACUCCCACAGUAAGAGCAAUUCUGCCCACGCCAAGCUGGUGGCAGGGAAGCUGGAGGCAUUUCUGGGAAAAAGAGGCGGCAAAGUGGCCUUUGUAGAGGAGAAGGCCCCUGCCCAGCAGAACAGCUAUGACUGCGGAAUGUAUGUGAUCUGUAACACAGAGGCUCUGUGUCAGGGAUACUUUAGGGGACAGCAGGAGCCAGUACUGCAGCUCCUCACUCCUUCUUAUAUCACACGGAAGAGGGCAGAAUGGAAAUCUCUCAUUGCCAAACUUGCAUGCAAAUGACUUACAUGUAAUUGUCCCUCCUUCCAACAGCUACCUUUCCAGUCCUCUAGUCUCCACCCCCAGUGCCUGAGGGAGAUAUCUGUGUACAGAAUUUCCGCAGAAAGAAUGUAACCCCUCCAGCAUGGCUACACCCUGCACUACCCCAACUGAAAAGCCUUAGUCUGCUCUACAACCCACUAGCCUUCAGACUUAAGUACUGGUAACAUCACUUUUUGCAUUCAGCAGAACCUUCUUAAAGGCAGUUUUAUUACUUCACCAAUCUAGUCUGAGAUAGCCAGAAAAGUGCUUGAAGAUUCCUCUCACCCCCACAGUAAGCAAUGUGAUUUUUAAUUUUCUAUGCACAUUGCUAGUCUAAAUCUAAUCUGGUUCAGUGAUAUCCAUCAUACAUACAUGUGUCCUUUUAAAAUUAGGCCCUCUCUAAUUUGUCCCUGCCUUUGAUUAUGGUUCCAAGUUAUAGAAUUUUGGGCAGAGUUGUGUAGCUAGACUGCUAAAAUUUGGUUUUGGGAUAUCUAUAUCUUGUGAUCUGAGAGUGCAAAAUCAAAAGUAAAGGUGAGGAUCAUUUAAAGGUGCCUCAAAAGGUAAGAAGAAGAAAAGUGAUUUUUGCUCUUUUGCUGCUUUAAGGAUGUCUAACAAAGGCCUGAAUUUUUCUUUUUCUUUUUUUUUUUUUAAUUGGAAAUACACAUUUUUUGUAUCCUGAAUGAUUGAACCACUGGAAAACUAGUAGAAGAGUGACAAAACAAGUACUAAGAAAGUGAAACCUGAUUCAGGUGGAAAGCAUUUUAAACAGUGAAUAAAGGUUAUUUUCAACAACACAUACUUAGUACAAAUACCCUACAAAAAGUGUGGGGGGGAGCCUUCGAUUCCACACCUCUACCCCUCCAGUCAAGUUUUAAGACAACUCAGAAUACAUAUGAGACUGCCAACAACUUCUCUUGCAAAAUCCCAAAAAAACAGACUUUACAUUCCUGAUAUUUCUAAUGGGGGAAAAAAAUGAGAAAGAAAAAAGCCUUUGACCAUCUCAUACAUAAUAAAAAGCAGUACCGGGGGGGGGUGUAAUGUCUGAUUAUUUUUCAGAGGUAUAAAUGGCUAAUUCAAAAUAGAAAAGCUUUUGCUACAGCACUGGAUUACAUCUGGAAUCCAAGAAAGUAGGGCCCAUUGUCAGAAGAAGGGGAUGUUGAUGGAAGAGUGAGAUGUCAGUGUAAAAUGAAGUAGUAUGAAUAUGUAACCAACAACCUCAUUGGAGGCAUUGGGUCAGAUCCUUAGCCUAUGUAAAACAGCAUAGCUCCAUUGAUUUCAACAGCACAACCCUGAUUCAUACCAAAUGAGCAUCCGGCCCAAUGAAUUCUUCCAAAAUGCCCAGUCAAAUAAACAGAAGUGAUUGUGGGAUUGGGAGGAGGGGGAGUUAAAGAUCAUUACAUUAUGAUCCUUGUUAGACUUUCCAAUGCCGACAGACUGGAGGGUUUGCCUCUGGCUCUCUGCUUUCUCUUUAUCUUCUUGAAUACAUGGGAAAAGUCAGUUCCACUGACCUGUGUCUGAAAUCCCUGGAAUUGUCUGACAAAAUAGUGUUGAGUCACUUUAUGCUAAGUAUAUUGCCUAGCUGAACAACAACAUUCUGUACUGCUUGGACAGCCUGCCAGAGUGGGUCAGAAGCAGGACAGUGGGUUGGUCACUCUAAGGUACUAUAAUUUGCUUGUUUUUCUCCCCAUUCCCUAUGUGUUGCUCCUGCUGCUACCAAGAAGUAACUAACUAACACACAGACACACAUCUGCCCUGCAGCACUGUUGUGCAGACACUACUUCUAAUAUCCAUUCCAGAUUAGCUGUUCAGUUAAUACACAGAAAUACUUCUGUCUGUGGUGUGAUAUCAGCAUUAGGUCUCCCCCACAGAGAGAAUGCUUUUCCGUCUUUGAUCAUUACAGUAUAUGAUAAGAGGGGGAAAGAAAUCAAUGCACCUCCGACUCCCUCCUCCCAGUCAAAUACAUCACUUGGAGAAUCCAGUACCAAGAAUAAAGAAA